AUGAAGUCCGAAGGGGCCGUGACCGUCCGUACCCGCAAGUUUCAGACGAAUCGACUCCUUCAACGCCGUCAAUUCGUGGUAGACAUCCUACAUCCCUCUCGAGCAUGUAUCGCAAGAUCCGAGGUGAACGAAAAACUUGCGACUAUCUAUAAGACCGCCAAGGAGCGUGUAGUGACCUUCGGAUUCCGCACGAAAUUUGGUGGUGGCCUAACCACUGGAUUCGGCCUUAUCUACGACGAUGAAGAGUCUCAGCGGAAGUUUGAACCCAGAUUUCGGCUUGUAAGGUCUGGUUUGGUGGAGAAGCUGGAGAAGCCUUCACGAAAGUUGCGUCGCGAGCGCAAGAAUCGUAUGAAGAAGUUCCGAGGAGUGAAGAAGCUCAAAGCAGGAGAACCAGUAAAGAAGAAGUAA